AUGAUGUUCCCCAGCCUGAUCGCGCCUCCCGCCGUGUACCCGAGUCUCCUGCGGCCGACGCCCACCCUCACGCUGCCUCCGUCGCUGCAGUCCGCCUUCUCCGGCCACUCCAGCUUCUUGGUGGAAGACCUCAUCAGGAUCAGCAGGCCGGCCGCCUACCUGCCCCGAAGCGGCGGCGCCCCCCCGCCCAGCCUGUCUCCGCCCCGCUCCGGGGCCGCCGCCGGGGGAGGGACCGACGGCGGGGGGCGCUGCUCCGAGAUGGUCCCUCCCGCCCCUUCCGGGACGAGACGGGGCUGCUCCGCGCAGACCGCCGCCUCUCCCGCCAACGAGGCCACUUUCCUGAAGUUCGGGGUCAACGCCAUCCUGUCGUCGACGCCCAGGACAGGUAGGCUGCCCCGCCGGGCUCCCCCACUUCCGGGGACGGUUCGCUCCUGGGGGGGAGGCCCUCCGCCCCUUGACUACAGUGCCUAUUCUUCCUUUUUUACAGCCUCUUCUGUGGUGCCCAUCCCUGGCACAUUUUCUUGGCCUCUGGCUGCCCGAGGGAAGCCACGCAGAGGAAUGCUCCGCAGGGCAGUCUUCUCAGAUGUGCAGCGCAAAGCUCUGGAGAAAAUGUUUCAGAAACAGAAAUACAUCAGCAAACCAGACAGAAAGAAGCUGGCAGCCAAGCUGGGCUUGAAAGACUCUCAGGUGAAGAUAUGGUUCCAAAACAGAAGAAUGAAGUGGAGGAACUCGAAAGAAAGAGAGCUCCUGUCAUCUGGUGGCUGCCGGGAACAAACCUUACCCACCAAAUUCAAUCCUCAUCCAGAUCUCAGUGAUGUAGGCAAGAAAGGUUCUGGGGCAGAGGAGGAGGAAGAAACAGCAUCCCUCCUUUGCCCAGCCAGCCCCAGGCACACCCUAACCUAUCACCACCAGUCUACAGAUCACCCACACCUGAGAGAGAGGCUGGAUUCCCAGAUGCUUCCCUCUCCAACCCAUUCCUGCAGCCCCAGCAAACCAUCAGACUUCUCAGACUCAGAAGAGGAAGAGGAGGAGGAGGAAGAAGAAGAAGAAGAAGAGAUCACAGUCUCAUAG